AUGCGGAAAGAGGUACUGGAAUCCUUGCAUGACCCUCAUACAGGAAUCGAGAAAAUGUUGCGCAGGGCCCGAGAGGUAUUUUACUGGCCGCACAUGUACUUGGAUGUCAACCACCACGUUCAAGGCUGUCCAGAGUGUCAGCGUGACAUGCCACGAAACCCCAAGCAACCAAUGCUUAGUCAUGAAUCUCCUAACUACCCGUGGCAAGAUGUCAGCGUUGAUCUUUUCUAUCAUAACGGUACUGGGUAUGUGGUGUUGGUCGACUCCUAUUCGUUCUUUUACGAGCUCCGUCCAUUGCGUCACACAACUGCAAAGGACUUGAUUUCCGUAUGCACUGUAGCUUUUGCAACUCAUGGACUACCGAUGGUGCUCAAAAGUGAUAACGGACCUCCCUCCUCCAGCGCUGAAUUCACUUCUUUUCUUCGCAGCGUUCUGAUUAAGCACAUCACAUCGAGCCCCAGGUAUCCCCGUGGGAACGGACUUGCGGAAAGAGCGGUACGAGAAGCAAAGAGGCUACUCAAGAAACACGCGUACGGGGCGCCACGGUACUUUGCCGCAUUGUUAGAGUGGAGGAACCAACCACGUGAUCCCAUUCUGAGGUCUCCAGCCGAGCGGCUCAUGGGGCGACACACGCGAACGAUGGUACCUGCCCACCAGUCCACCCUGUCCCCAAGGGCUAUUCCAGCAAAAAGAGUAACAGAGCGCCUUCGGGAGCUUCACCGCCGCCAGUCAGUAUUCUACAACAGGACGGCACGUCCACAGCGUGAACUACGGCCCGGAGAAGCGGUGAGGCUCUACACCAGCCACGACAAGAUCUGGGCUCCUGCAGUGGUGCUCGGUAAAGCAGCAAUACCCCGUUCCUACUUCGUGGAAACAGAAGAGAACCAGCUACUUCGACGCAACAGAGAAGCACUGCGACCAGAAACCCAUCAGCCGGAAGGUCCUACACCACGUGAGCCAGACUCCUGUCCUGGGCUCCGAAGAAGCCAACGGCAACGACGCGAACCUUCUCGUUACCCAGCACCUGAGUUUUGA